CACCGCCACUGCACUAUCGCCGCCUCGUUGCCGAGCCUCUCGCCGUGGUCCUCGUGUCGUCCUCCUCCGCAGUGGGUUGCCUUCACUGCUGUGCUUUGGCGUGAGCUCGCUUCUCUGCGUGCCGUCAGCUGUGAUCCCGUGGCUUCUCUUCUCUGUUGAGUUGUUGUACAUCGGAAUCUGGCUUAGAGAUUGUGUAGGUUGGGUUAGAACGAUGAAGCAAGUCGUAGGAAUGGUGGUUUCCAAUAAGAUGCAGAAGUCAGUGGUGGUGGCAGUGGACAGGCUAUUCCACCACAAAGUGUACAACCGUUACAUCAAACGAACUUCUAAAUUUAUGGCACACGACGAGCACAAUCAUUGUAACAUUGGUGAUCGAGUUCGACUGGAUCCUUCUAGGCCUUUGAGCAAGCACAAACAUUGGAUUGUUGCUGAAAUUCUCAAGAAAGCACGCAUAUAUACUCCUCCCACUACACCAGUACCUGAGAAUGUGCCCUUAAGCACUGAAGCACCUGCUCCCUAAAUUGGUGUAAGCUCAAAAAAAGAAAUCCUCUCAUUUCUAUGAAGGAACUUCAAAAUGCUCCUCCUACAUGGGAUUUUAUUGGUGUUUUGAGGGUGGCAAGUGAGCGAACUGGACUUUCAGGAUUGAUAGUUGAAAUGAAGGCUUCAGCAAGUAGA